UGAGGGUAUCUUUAAUGUCAUGUGAGACCCCUUAAUUUAAAAGAGGCUCCCCUUUCAUAGUUUUUGUUAUUAUUAGUUAUCAUCACUUUCACUUCAAGAAAAUGGAAGAAAUCAAGUCUGACAAGAUCACCCCCCACCAGCCUACUAAAGAGGUUUUCAUGAAACGAAGAUAAGGUCAAAAUGUCUAUGAAUCAAGCUUAAUUGGAGCUUCAGGACAAGCGAUCGAUCCAGUACUAUAUAUAUAUAUAGAAACAGUUAUUUUGUAGUCUGGAUUUCUCAGUUCCGUCCAAAAAUGACGACUUACUUUUAUGGAAACCCAGAAAUCCAAGCUGCCACUCCGUCUCCUGAAGGAAUUCAAACGCUUUAUCUCAUGAACCCUAACUACUUAUCCUACUCCGACACACCACCACCACCACCACCACAACAAACUUCGAACAUACUAUUCUUCAACCCUCCUCCAAACGCGCUCAACCCUACGAGCAUAUCACACGCGCCACCGCAGAGCCACCACCUACCGGGCAUCCCCCUCCCUUCCGUCUAUUCGGAUGAUCCCAGCCGUCCGUCAUCCCAUCACGGAAUCGGUAUUUUGAACUUUCAGAACAACAUGUGGGGUCAAAAUUCAGCUGGAAUUGGGUCCACUGUAGUGUCGGUAGGAGGUCAAGAUGUACGGUCACAAACGCAGCAAGGUCUGUCACUAAGCCUUUCGUCGCGACAGAGGUCAAUUGGAGGGGAACAUGAAAUUCAACAUCAUGGUCAUGCUGGUGGUGGUGCUGAUAUGAGAGUUUCCAGGGAAUUAUCGCCGCCGUCAGUGUCGGUGGCGUCGAAUGGGGUUUUCGGGUCUAAGUAUUUGAGGGUGGUACAAGAGCUGCUUGAUGAAGUUGUCAAUAUUGGUAGUGAACCCACAAAGGUGGGUAAUAAAGAGAAGAUGAAGAUGAGUAAAGAAUCUGUGGCACAAGAUGGUUCGGCCGGUGCUGGUGGUACUGGUAGUGAUUGGAAUAGUAAGCGAGCUCAAGAACUCACAACAGCACAAAGGCAGGAGCUGCAGAUAAAGAAGGCAAAGCUUGUUGGCAUGAUUGAUGAGGUUGAUCAAAGAUAUAGACAUUACCACAACCAAAUGCAGCUGGUAGUUUCUUCAUUCGAACAAGCAGCAGGGCUCGGCUCCGCGAAGUCGUACACAGCUCUUGCAUUACAAACCAUCUCGAAGCAAUUCAGGUGUCUGAAGGAUGCAAUAUCUUCACAAAUAAAGGCCACAAACGAGAGCUUGGGGGACCAGGAUUGUUCAGGAGUGAAGAUUAUUGAAGGUUCAAGCAGACUUAAGUAUGUAGACCAUCACCUUCGACAACAGAGAGCAAUACAACAGCUAGAAAUGAUGCAACACAAUCCCUGGAGACCCCGGAGAGGAUUGCCUGAACGCGCUGUCUCCGUCCUUCGUGCUUGGCUUUUUGAACAUUUCCUUCAUCCCUAUCCGAAGGACUCGGACAAAGUCAUACUUGCCAAACAAGCAGGGCUUACUAGGGGCCAGGUGUCCAAUUGGUUUAUAAAUGCGAGGGUUCGACUAUGGAAGCCAAUGAUUGAAGAAAUGUACGUGGAAGAAACGAAGGAGCAAGACAAAAAUGGUUCUGCGGAUCAUGCAAGCGCGAGCAACAAUGAGCAGCACAAGAGUAUUCUUGGUACAAAGGCACGUCAAUCUGAGGCACCGCCAGAAAAGCUAAAGAACCAGCAGAACCCAAACUCCUCCUCUCCAACUGAAUUUUCAAACUCUACAAUCUCAACAUCCCACAUCGGAGGAUCUCUUCAACCGCAACAAGGCUUCAACAUUAUUAGGUCAGCUGAAUUGGAUGGAACAACCCAGUUAAGUACACUAAAGAAAAGAAAAGGCAAUGAUAUCAUGCUGCAGAACUCUCCAAUUAGUAUCCUUUCAAUGGAAAACAAGGAUAGUAGCUACUCCUUAGUAACAAAUGCCAAUGAUGAUGGUGGUGGUGGGUUUGGUGCUUAUUUUAGUCCUGAACAGUUGGGGCCCAGGUUUAAGGGGAAUGGCAAUGUUUCACUUACUCUUGGACUAAGUGAGAAUAAUCUAUCUUCUUUCUCUGCAAGCCAACAUAACUUCAUGUCCGGACAGAAUAUUCAGUUGGGGAGACUUGACACGGGAAUUGCCAAUGCUACUGACUUUUUUGGGAUAAAUAAUAAUGCACAGAAUUCACAUUCUAGUACUCCUGGGUUAGAAGGCAUUGAAGCUCAGAACAGGAAGCGGUUUGUUGCACAAUUGUUGCCAGACUUUGUGGCCUGAGGCAAUGAAAACAAUACUGGAAGGGUGAUUAGUCCAUCGACGUUUGAAUAUUACCUCCUGAUUGAUCUUCUGGUUCUUCCUAGAACUAAUAAAGGAGAGGCAAAAGCAGUACAAUUAGUAUAAGCCUAGUUAUGCUCGCUGAGUACAAUAUUACAAGUACUCUUACUUUGUGUAGAUUGUUUAGGUUAAUUGUUGAUGAUUGUUAUUUAUAUAUACAUUUUGAGGGUACUGGAUAUAGAUUGGAAAUAAAACCCUUAUAUGUCUCAAUUUCCUCU